UCAAUCUAAGACCUUUUGGCCUUAUCAGUGGUAAUGAUAUAUCGCGUAUUUGGGGAUUCUAGUUCCGUUUGAUAGCAGACGACAAUAUCUGCUGUUCCUAAAAUUGUAGCGAUACAUCUGUGAAUAUUCUCACGGAAACUGAGGACGAAAACUUAAGGCGACUGCAUUGAAAUGAUGUGGAACACAAUCUGCACUGUUACACUUUGCUUCGUAGGAGUUUGGCUGGGAGCUCAGUGUCACCCGGGACGGCCAACCAUACCUGAUGACCCUAUAGCAAGAGCGAUUUUCAUGGUUGCAGAAGGCAAUAGAACUCCUGAUGGAUUCCUGACCGCAGAUGAAAUGUCGGACAUCUUCCUGAAGUUUGACAUAAAUGGUGACGGUGCCAUUGAUGAAACAGAGUUCAUAGCUCACUGGUCAAUUUUGAGGCUCGGAGAUCUCGACCACGCAAUCAAACUGUUUCACCAUGCAGACACAAAUAGGGAUGGCCGUAUAUCACGUGAUCCGGAUUACACCAGACUAUUUUAUUACUUUGAUCGUGAUUUUGAUGGGAAGAUUUCUGAGGCAGAGUUCGUCAGUGUUUGGUUCAGCCUGUCGACGUGAUUUACCAUUAGAAAUGUUGCUACUGUUCCUGUUCGACAAAAUUGAUAUUAAAAGUUUUUCUUUAGAUUAGUAAAAGAGAAUAAUAGAGACAUGCUCAUAAUCAUGUUGUUUUGAUUCAAUGCAACACAUUUUUAUGCAAAGGAAUUAUAAAAAAAAACACGUUGGGUAAUGAGUUCACGACAUUUUGAACGCUUGGCAAAUGUUAUGCUCUCAGCGUCAUUGCGAAAUAAAUCAACUUAGUAUGUUAUGCGAGUUUGACCCUGUUGAUGAAAAUGAAGAAAGAAGUCAAGUUAUCAGUCUAAUCUUUGCAUUUAUGUCUUUUUAAUAAGUAAUUUACCGCGAAAACAUAUAAGAAGUUGUCCAAUAAAACUUACCACUU